CUUGUUUGCUCGUUCACUAAUCACAAACAAAUUGAGAAGUCAUGAUUUUUUGAAUAAGUAAUUAGAAUUAACCAUAAAUUGUGUGGGUCGAUAAAAUGAUAGAUUGAAAUCUCUACAAACAAAAUUAAAUAGUGACAAUGUCGUCACCACCACCCCUUCCAACCCGUCAUUCCAAUGGAGACAGUAAAAAGACGCCGCCUUUAUCAAAUAUUGUUACCAGAAAUGGCGCAAGAAAGGCAAAAAUACAAACACGUGCAAGAUCGGCCGGAACUGUAAAAGCUUCUGCGUCUGUAAUUACAGCUAAACGAAAGGCACAGCAAAAGAAAAAAUCUACAAUAGAAACGGUUUUGAGAGAUCACUAUCAAAUUACAAUGGAAUCUAAGACGAAAGUAAAGGGACCAACGGGAUUCGUCACUGAGCCGCGGAUGGUGGAGCAUAAAUGUCUAUGGGAUGAAAAUUAUCCAGAGAAUCCUGGACGACUUAUCAGUGUAAUUAAUAGGUGUAUUGAAUUGAACUUAAUAGAGCAGUGUAGGGAAAUAUGUCCAAGGCCAGCCACUGAGGAAGAGAUUCACGAAUUGCAUGAUACAUCAGUUUACGAGAUGUUAGAGAAAACUCAUAAGAAUAACAAUUUGGAGUAUUUGGAAGAGCUAUCCUCAAGAUUUGACGCCAUCUAUAUUCAUCCUAGUACUCACGAGCUGGCCCUACUAGCAGUUGGUUCAACCAUAGAGCUAGUGGACCACAUACUGAGGGGAGAAGUACAGAAUGGGGCUGCGUUCAUCAGGCCUCCGGGACAUCAUGCGAUGAGGGCGGAGCCUUGCGGCUACUGCUUCUACAAUAACGUGGCGAUAGCUGCUCAACACGCAAUGAAGAAAUAUGAUCUGAACAGGAUACUUAUAGUGGACUGGGAUGUACAUCACGGGCAAGCCACACAGCAGAUGUUCUAUGACGAUCCGAGGGUGGUGUAUUUCUCGGUCCACCGCUACGAGCACGGCUCGUUCUGGCCAAACUUGAGACAGUCCAAUUUCGACUAUAUCGGCUCAGGGAAAGGAGAAGGAUUCAAUUUUAAUGUGCCUCUGAACAAGAUUGGUAUGAAAGAUGCUGAUUAUCUCGCUAUCUGGGAUCAGCUGCUGUUGCCGAUGGCUUUUGAGUUCGCCCCGCAGUUGGUUCUCGUGUCCGCUGGGUAUGACGCAGCGCUGGGCGAUGAAAAAGGCGAGAUGCAAGUAACGCCCGCAUGCUACGCGACGCUGACCCACGCGCUCAUGGGCGUGUGCCCACGCGUGGGCGUGGCGCUGGAGGGCGGCUACUGCCUCGCCUCGCUCGCGGAGGGCGCCGCGCUGACCCUCCGCACGCUGCUGGGGCACCCGCCCCCCGCGCUCGAGGCACUUAGUGAACCUUGCGACUCAAUCCGUGAAUCGAUCCUGAAUUGCAUAUACGCACACCGGAAACACUGGCGCUGCUUCAACUACCAGCCCACAUACAGUAUAGACACAACCGUGAAGAACGUCUGCGAUGUAGACAAGGAGAAACAUACGGUUGUGGUAAGGUGGGAGGGAGAUGAAACGAAACCGGAGAAAUACGAAACGAGAAACUGUUAUCCGAUACAAGAUAGCGAGACGAAACGACAAAUUACGGAACGUUUGGAGCAUUUGAGAAUGGUCACUGAUUUGAAAUUGGCGCAGCAUCCAGUGUGUUAUAUAUAUGACGAGGCUAUGUUGAAGCAUUUUAACAUCUGCGAACCCGGUCACGUGGAAUGCCCGCAGCGGAUACUGCGCAUCCACGAGCGGCACAUGGACUUUGGCCUGUUGGAGCGCGUGCACGUGCUGGCCGGCGCGCGGGCCACCGACCGGGACAUACUCGCCGUUCACUCCCCGGAACAUUUGCAGAGGCUAAAAGACCUGUCAACAAUGAAACUCCGCGACCUCCACAGCAAGAAGGACACGUACGAUUCCGUAUACUUCCACCCGGACUCGCUGGAAAGCGCUGCAGUUGCAGCGGGCUGUGUCAUCAAGAUGGUGGAGGCGGUGAUGUCGGGCGCGGCGGGGUGCGGCGCGUGCGUGGUGCGGCCGCCCGGGCACCACGCGGACGGCGGCGCGCCCAGCGGCUUCUGCCUGCUGAACAACGUGGCGGCGGGCGCGCGCCGCGCCGCCCGCAGCGCGCGCCGCGUGCUGCUGCUCGACUGGGACGUGCACCACGGGAACGGCACGCAGGCUAUCACCUACGCCGACAACCGGAUCCUAUAUAUAUCGAUACAUCGUUACGACAACGGCGCAUUCUUCCCGCACUCGAAAGCUGCGGACUAUACAGCGGUGGGGGAGGGGAAGGGAGAGGGAUUCAACGUAAAUAUCCCAUGGAAUAAGCGUGGCAUGGGCGACGCGGAAUACUUGGCUGCGUUCACGCAAGUGGUGAUGCCAAUAGCGCGCGAGUACAACCCGGACCUGGUGCUCGUCUCUGCCGGGUUCGACGCCUGCGUGGGAGACCCGUUGGGAGGUUGUAAAGUGACCCCAGAAUGUUACGGCCUCAUGACGCACAUGUUACGCAGUCUGGCCGGCGGACGUGUCAUACUCUGCCUAGAGGGCGGGUACAACGUCACCAGCAUUUCCUACGCUAUGGUCAUGUGCACUAAGGCCCUUCUGGGCGACCCUAUCGAACUGCACUACGAUCCCAAGGCCACCUGCCACUGGUCCGCCCAAGAGUCCAUUAAUGACGUCAUCCGAGUCCACAAGAAGUACUGGAAGAAUCUGAAGUUUCAAGUCGCGCUGCCGUUGGAGGACGUUCUAGAACAAUCCAGGGCGAAAGUCGACGAGAGCAAGUGGGAAAUGUCGAUAGAGGAUGGGCUGGCUAACCUGAGUCUGGAUAGGAAGUGUUCGGAUGGGAUCCACUGUGGGACAGACGACGAGGACAACGCGGGGAGUUCGAAGGAGACAAAGACACUUGUGGACUUCCUGUCUGAGAACAUGCAGGCGAUAGUCGACGGGGAGAUGUUUGCGGUGGUUCCUUUGCCCGGGUGUCCGCAUUUGGACAGCUUGUACGCGAUACCGGCUAAUGUGAGGUUCGAGCAGGGUGUGAAGUGCGUGGACUGUGACCACACCCUCGAGAAUUGGGUGUGCCUCCAGUGUUAUGUAACAGCAUGCGGCCGCCACAUCAACGGCCACAUGUCGGCCCACUACACCGCAACACAGCAUCCGCUAUCGCUCUCGCUCGCCGAUCUCUCAGUGUGGUGCUACCCUUGCGACGCAUACAUUGACAACCCGCUGUUGUACGACGCUAAAAAUAACGCACACAAGUGCAAAUUUGGCGAGGAAAUGCCCUGGUGUUAUAGGGAUGGUGUACAGAUGCAGUGAUGACUGGCUUAGUUUUCUGGAAUGUUUAUGGAAUCGCGCUUUUUUCGUUAGGCUGACUGGGUUUAAGUUUUCUUUUGGCUCUAGCAAAAGUGAAAAUAUUACUAAAUUAAUAGGUAAAAUAAUGUGAUGCUUUAUAAUGUUUGGUAUUUGAAACAGAAAAGUGUAGUUAAAUUUUAAACUACCCUCUUAAAAUUAAAGAAACAAGUUAUAAAGUAAUUUCAUGAAAAUUAAGUCGCCUAUUGCCUUCAAAAAUCGUGAGCUCAAAUCAAAAUAAAAAACUAAAUAUUUAGUCUAAUUGUAGACAAUUAACUUAUAUAAUAGUCACAUUUUAAUAAAUAAAAUAAUUUUAUAUGUUGAAAUUAACAAAACUCAAAAGACACAUUGUAUGACAAUAAUAAUCAGGUUAUUAAGAAAAAACACUAAAAAUCUUAAAUCAUGAUACAUUUCUCUUUUUUCUUGUUUUUAUUUCUAUAUGAAUAGGAAGCAGAAAUUAUUUCGAUAUGCAAGAAGCUUAAUAGUUUCAGUGUGAAUUAAAAAUCAAUAUCAAUUAUGUUUGGAUAGAUUUUAGUUAAAUUUCAACUAUUGCUAUUUAGAUAUAAUUUCAUUAUUAUAAAUGCAUUUCAUUAUAUGCAUUUAUUAAAAGAAAUCAUGACUAGCUUAUUACAACACCAAUAAAAUAGAAAUACUUAUCUUAGUAUUAGAAUCUAUUAAUAGUAUACAAAACAAGAGUAUUAUCGCACAGAGUAAUUUUAAACAUACAUAUCGACAAUAAAUAGAAAUGAGGCUAUGAUACAGCCAAAUUCUGUUUGUGCGAAACUUUAUGGUGUGUGACCUACUCACAGCUAAAGUAUGAAUACCAGAGAAUUCUAGAACAAUCAUAAAUUUUGAAAAAUUUCCGUUUAUAUGUUUAUAAGUGAACUCCUUGGAAAUAACAUGGUCAACAAAGCCUUAAAACUUUUUUAUGUGU